UGUAAUGGUGGACUAAUUCUGUGUCCAACUGAAGCAUAUGAUUGCUGCAUUAGAGAUAGAUCGCUCACAUCAGCUAGAGACUAUGAAAAUAUUACAGAGAGUUAUAUUGGAAGCAUCUCUGUGUGCCCUUACAGACUAUAUACCACCUCAGGUUUAGUGAAGAGUGUUGAAAUCGAGAUCAAUGACUUGAGUGGUUCCAAUAUUAUAGUCAAUAUAAUAAGCAGAAAGUGAAAUGAUGGUCCUGACUCUUAUUGCCUUAAAUAAUAUACUUUCAAGAUCUAAACCUUGGAGUCAACUCAAGCUGAACCAAUAUUAUCUUCACAGGACCAAGAGGCAAGAAUUAAUGGUUGAAGCAGAGACAAGGCAUCUGCCUCCUUAAACUGAAGGUUUUUAAGAGGUUUUGUCAUAUUUCACUGGAAUGGGUGGAUUGCCAACAACCCACUUGCAUUUUAUCAAUAUGCUAAUGGCUCUGUAGUUUGUGAGGCUGAGCAUUCUGCUUAUUAAGAUGAAAAAUCGUAAAACAAUUUUGAUCCAUUGGUCUUGAUCUAAAAACAGACCACAAAAAGACCAAGGCUCUUUCUCAAUAUAUAAAAUUGGCUGCAAGAAUGAGUACGAGUACAAAGGAAACAUGAAUGAGUACGAUGACAAGAGAGUGGCCUGAGACGAAGACAAUGACGUUUACAUUGUGGUCAAGCCUUCUUCGUACUACAACGCAAUUGGUUAGCCACACCAAUAAUAUCAAUCAAUAUCUGAGAGCACGAGUGCAUUAAAACAACAUGGCUUCUCCUAAUGCAAAAUCGCACUGAAUCAAGCCUUCAAUUCUACCAGAACAGCAAUCUUCAAGUCAACUCAGCAGUUUAAUGAACAUAUCCUACCAAAUUCGCACUAGUUCUCUGAAUCUGUAGCUCUUCCUCAGCCUCUUUAUCCCUCUCUACAGUACAUGGAUCCUGGAAUGGUCCCUGUUUAAGUUUUCUUUGUGAGCUGUAGCAACCCGUAGUAUAGCAUGUUUCCCAGGACUGACUGCCAAAUCCAUGUUCAUGCUUUCUGAUCUGGUUGACUAUCUCGAUGCAUGCUUAAUAGUGACAACCAACUUUCCACAGCUCAUAUCAAUCUCAGAUUCCGUCGAUGUCAAAUCAUUCCUAUGUGGUGCAACCUCAGAUAGCAGUUCCAGCCCCUUCGGGAGUUGAUGGCCCUGAGACAAUCGAAGGAAACACAUUAAGUCCAGUUGGGACAGUCCAGAACACAAAGCCUGUAAACUAGAGAAGGAUGAAUUCUGAAUUAUUGAGUGUUUUUGAGGACUCUAGUUCG